CUGCUUCGCUGGUCUUUGUUUCCUUGUUUGACGACGUUCAGAGAUCCAAACUUUUGUAAUUCACGAAGAUGGUGGAUGAUCAUUGGGCUGCUCGUCAUGACAGAAACAAAGUUGACCUCGCCUUCAUUGUCGACUGCACAGGAUCCAUGGGUCUUCAUAUCAAGCAAGCGCAAAAACACGUUCGAAGUAUUGCUGAAACUGUUUCGCGAACUGCAUUCAACGUGAAACUUGGGCUGGUAGAGUAUAGAGAUCACCCUCCCCAGGAUAACUCGUUUAUAACGAAAGUUCACGAUUUUACACAUUCAGUAGAAGAAAUGAAAAAAUGGGUGGAUGGUAUGAGCGCUAGAGGCGGUGGAGACGGGCCUGAGUCUGUGGCGUGUGCUCUAGACGCAGCUUCUAAACUCAGUUACAGAAAAGAUGCUACCAAGAUUUGUGUUCUCAUUGCUGAUGCUCCUCCUCACGGACUCGGAUUAGAGCAUGAUGGCUUCCCAGAUGGCUGUCCAACUGGUAAUGAUCCUUUUAAGUCUUGUAGAGCUAUGGUGGAGAAGGGAAUUGUAUUGUACUGUGUUGGAUGUGAACCUAACAUCUUACGGUACAAAGAUUUUUUUAUGGGUUUGGCAUACAUAACUGGAGGCCAGUAUGUUCCUCUUUCCAAAGCUCAAGGAUUAUCAAAGGUAAUAAUAAAUGCCUCACUUGAGGAGGUUGCCCAUGAAAACAUUAUGGGAUAUGUUGAAGACUUCUUAAAUAUGGUGCUUGAAGAAAUGAAAGCAAAUAAACAGAAGGUUACGGUAGACGACUUGGCUGACAAACUUCAAGAGCAUUUGAACCUGAGAAGUGUUAAAUCCCGCCAACUUCAGUGCAAUUCUGCAGAACUCCAGCCACCCACACCAACAGCAAAGAGUAUUGCUGGCUUAAAAAAAUUGUCACAAGUUCAACAGUUCCUGAAGAAAGACACUCCAAUGGAUUACAGAUCAUUUUACAUGUACAACAAUGUCACAGUGGAAGUAACCAUAACUGAGCCAGCAGAAGUUACUAAAAACUUGUCUGAAAGGUUACUUAUAAAGGCACUUGGCAGGCAGAAAAUACCAGUGGAACAUGAUGAAGAAACUGGUGAGAUAACCAUUGAACCAUUUAUGUCUGGGACAAGUUCUGCAGUGUAAGUUAUUGACAUUUUUGUGAAGAAGGAUUGAAGAAUUUUUGAAACAGAUUCAUUGCAUGUGCAAAAGUUGUCACCAUACUUGUAAUUUUCUAAGCAAUGACAGAGCUCAUUUCAGUUAGGAACCAACCUUAAAGUUUUUUUCUUUUCUUGGGCAGUGGUUUACUUAGGUAGCUCUCUUAUCUAGUACUUAACUUCAAUUAUCACCAAAAAUCAAUUUGUGGUAACCUAGAGAGAGCCCAUUCAUGGUGACCAUUUUGUUGUGAAUUGAAGUAAAGGAAAUACCGAUUGAAUGACUUUAUAUAGCUAACUCUGAGGUUUGAAAAGUCUCAAAUUCUUUAAGUUCAGGUAUAUGUACCAUUAAGUUUUGUAAUGGAUGGGAAAUGUUAGCAGCUUUCAUCUGUUGUUCAUAGACAUAAAUGACACAUAGGUACAUAAUACAUACAGCAGAUCAGUUAAGAGGUCACAAACAUUAAUGUUAGAUUUUACCUUCUAUAGAAGAACAAGUGUUACUGCAGAAAAAAUAAUUACUGGAUCAAAUCAAAGUGAUAUUGUUUAGAGAUAAAAUAAUCUAGAACCUAGGUCUUUUUUGUCUCACCAAAUUUAAUUGUCUUCUGUUUUAAAAUGCCAGUUAUUUGUCCUUUCCCUUUGCUUAUAACAGUUUUCUCAGAUUUUACAAAUAUUGUGUGCUUAUGUGCAAAUAUAACUCCUGUAAACAAGGCAAUUAUGAAUUGAAUAAUGUUAUGCUAUCUCUGAGUGAACUUGCACUUAAAUCAUGAUCUUGUAAUAAAAUUGUUCUUUCAAUAGGUCCUCAAUAAACUUAUAUUAUUCGAAAUGA